AUGAGGAGCAAGUACGUGGGCACAGGAAGUGGUCCGAGACCAGGAGCUUUAAGGGAGAUGAUGAGGACGGACCAUAGUGUGCCCAUAUCCUACUGGACUGCUUGGAAGUCCAGGGAGAUUGCUAUUGAAAAUGGGCGUGGCAAUGCUGAGGAAGCAUACAAUACUUUGCCUUCAUACCUCCAGCAAUUGGCCGUUGCAAAUCCAGGGACGCUUGUAGCAUUAGAGACAAGCAAAGGGCCUGGGGGUGUCCAUCGAUUCAAGUACCUCUUCCUGUCAUUUGGGGCAAGCAUCAAGGGAUUAGAAUUCAUGAGGAAGGUAGUAAUAAUCGAUGGGACACACUUGAAGGGGAAGUUUGCGGGGUGUCUCCUAACAGCAAGUGCACAAGAUGGGAACUAUCAGAUAUUCCCAAUCGCAUUUGGGAUAGUAGACAGCGAGAAUGAACAAUCAUGGACUUGGUUCUUCAACAAGCUCACAGCUGUGGUGCCAGAUGCUGAGGACUUGGUGUUUGUCUCUGACAGGCACACCGCUAUCUACUCCGGAAUCCGCAGAGUCUACCCAGCUGCGAAGCACUGUGCUUGUUUGCUCCAUCUGCAAAGAAACGUCCAAACAAUCUUCAAGAAGAAGCAUUUGAUAUACCUAAUGGGAAGGGCAGCUAGAGCCUACAAACUGGAAGAUUUCUACUUGCACUUCAACGAGCUCAAGCAAGUUGACAUCGCUUGUGCGGAUUAUCUGAUCCGGAUUGGUCUUGAACACUGGGCUAGGGCGCAUUUUGAGGGGGCUAGGUACAACAUCAUGACAAGCAACCUCGCUGAAUCCCUCAACGCGGCCCUAUCAGAGGCUAGGGAGUACCCUAUCGUUCCUCUCCUGGAAUAUAUUAGAUCAAUGAUGAUGGGAUGGUUCUCUGCGAGACGUGAUGCAGCAGCAAAGACAGUGGGGGCGUUAACUUCGAAGGUAACUGAUAUCUUAACGAAAAACUUCACUGCUUCCACCGGCUAUGCGGUAAAACACAUCAUAAACCAUGAGUUCGAGGUGGUGGAUGGAAAUGGGUUGUACCACCGUGUGGAUCUGGAUCACAAAACCUGCUCUUGCAAGGAGUUUGAGGCGCUGGCAAUCCCUUGUGCACAUGCAGUGGCUGCUGCUAUUUAUGGAAGAGAAUCGGUUGAGGGUAAAGCUGGUGAGUUUUACAGCACUGCAUUCUGGGCAUUGGCGUACAAUGGAAGCAUCAACCCGGUGGAACAAAAGAAGGUUGAGGUGUACAAGUUUGGCGUCGACGGAGAAGAUGGUCACCUUCGUCCUCCAGCAACUCGACGCCCCCCUGGGAGGCCGAGGAAAUCCAGGAUCCCAUCUCGUGGGGAAUUUAAGGUGAGUCAAUAA